AGUUCAUAUGUUACCGACCCAGAGCAGUCAGCGCAGAGAAGCCGUACACAGAAAUAAAGGCAGAAUAUCCAAUGCUUUAGUUUAGUUUAGUUAAUCAGAGAUGGACCGGCGCCGGAAACAGCUGGUGGGGGUUUUAAAAACUGAAACGGAACUGCGAGGAGAAGCUUUACCUUCAGAUGUCCAGAAAGUGAUUGUUGGUGAAGAGCAGGAGUGGAGCUCAUGUUUGGACCAGGAGGACACAAAGCCCCCACACAUUAAAGAGGAACAGGGGGAAGUCUGGACCAGUCAGGAGAGGGAGGGGCUGGAGGAUGCUGAUAUCACCAAGUUUCCAUUUACUCUUGUCCCUGUAAAGAAUGAAUAUGAUGAAGAAAAACCUAAUUCCUCACAACUUCAUGAAAGACAACCGGAACAGAUGAAAACAGAAGCUGAUGGAGAGGACUGUGGAGGACCAGCACCAGUCAGACGCUCUGAUCCAGACAGACAUUUACAGCCAGACACUGACAAGACUGUAGACUCUUCUGAACCUGAGACUGAUAGGAGUGGUGAUUGGAAGGAGACCAAAAAAAUUCAGUCAGAUUUAAACUCUCUGAAUAGUGAUCAAAUAUGUAGUACUGGCGAUAAACCAUUUAGCUGCUCUGGGUGUGGAAAAAGAUUUGGCACCUAUAAACACUUGAAGAGACACAUGAUAUCUCAUACAGGAGAGAAACCAUUUAGCUGCUCCAUCUGUAUGAAAUAUUUUGCAUUGAGACAACGUUUACAGGCACACAUGAGAAUCCACACAGGAGAGAAACCAUUUAGCUGCCCCACCUGUAAGAAAGCUUUUACAGAGAGCGGAAGUUUAAAGAAACACAUGAGAAUCCACACAGGAGAGAAACCAUUCAGCUGCUCCGUCUGUAAGAAAGCUUUUACAGAGAGUGGAAAUUUGUAUAAACACAUGAGAACCCAUAACCGCAAGCCAAUUCUGAAGAAAUGCAUGAGACGCCACACUGGAGAGAAACCAUUUAACUGUUCAGUCUGUAAGAAAGCUUUUACACUAGGUGAAAACUUACAGAAACACAUGAGAACCCACACAGGGGAGAAACCAUUUAGCUGUUCAAUCUGUAAGAAAGCUUUUUCCGCGAGCGGAAGUUUACAUAGACACAUGAAAAUCCACACAGGAGAGAGACCAUUCAGCUGUUCUGUCUGUAAGAAAGCUUUUUCGGUGAGUGGGAAUUUACAUAAACACAUGAGAACCCACACAGGAGAGAAACCAUUUAGCUGCUCAGUCUGUAAGAAAGCUUUUACAGAGAAUGGAAGUUUACAUAAACACAUGAGAAUCCACACAGGAGAGAAACCAUUCAGCUGCUCCAUCUGUAAGAAAGCUUUCACUGUGAGUGGAAGUUUACAGACGCACAUAAGAACCCACACAGGAGAGAAGUCUUUUAGCUGCUCAGUUUGUAAGAAAUCGUUUAUACUGAGUGGAAAUUUACAUAAGCACAUGAGAACCCACACAGGAGAAAAACCAUUUAACUGCUUAGUCUGUAAGAAAGCUUUUACAGAGAGUGGAAACUUACAUAAACACAUGAGAACCCACACAUGAUAGAAACCAUUUAGACGUGUGGAGUAGAGCUUCAGUCAAGAAGGGAGAGCAGAGCUCCUCAGGUGUAAAAACUUUUUAAUUUAAAGUUAAUGAGGUCUCUAAAAGUGAUAUUAGAUCUAAUACUCUGUUGGUCUUUUAAAAAAAAGUCAAAUCUAAAAUCCAAUAAUCUUAUUUUAGAAAUGAUUUUGACAGUGUUUAAAAAUCAAUUGGAUUAUGAAGUUAAUGUUUGGGUGAUUAAUAACUCAGCCUUGUUCUUGUAGCGUUUGGAGUAAAUAUCCUUUAGGCAGGGGAGGGUACAAUCUAUUGUAUGUUUACCUAUAAUCAUGCUUUGCAGGGCCUUACCGUACUGUUCUGUGCUGUUUCUGUACCAAGCAUGAUGAGGUGAAGCUCUUGAUGAUGUAGGAUUAGAAAUUCCUCAGUAUUUGAGGGGAUAUCUGGAAGUUCCUCAGGUGUCUGAAACAGUCUCUGCCUUGCCUUUCUCACCACUUAGUCAGUGAACAUGAACCAACCAACCAACAUGAACUUUUAAGUUUCAAUAUGUAAUACUGACAGCUAGCAUUUAAUAUGGUUACUGCAGUCCAAAUUCAAAAUACUGGAGAGUCAUCUACCCCGUUCCCUCCUCCCCAGCGUCAAAGUUCACGGGGGUUGUCAGGUUGCGGACGUUAAACCCAAUGUCCCACAAUGUCAAUGUUAGCUAGAUGCUAGUCUCGCAUUGCCAGACAUUACUCCACAGGGCAGCGGAGUUGCUAGAUGCUGCUAUGUUGACAGUUAUAAAAGCCGGUGAUCUUGCGGAAAUCUGUACCCCGGCCGCAAGUUACAUUUUAUUGGCCAAACGUAACAACAAUGGCCGUGACCUUGCAGAGCUUUGUGCCCGACUGACAGCCACCCUUUUUCCGCUUAACGUCACUGCAACAGCCGGUAAAAAGACCCCGACCUCGCAGUCGUCGCUGUUUGUCGGCUACGGCCGCUGAACAGAAGCAGGGAAAGAAUUUUG